UCUAAAAGCAGAAACUGAAACUGAAAUCGAGCAAAAAUUAGAAAUUAUUGUUCCUUUCAGUCGCCGUCAAUGGCAGAUGGUGGGUACUGGAACCAGCAGCAGAGACAUCAUCAGCCUCCUCCGAUGUCGCCGAUCCCUCACGGUGGUCCUCUGAAACGUCACCGUUCUGACUUCGACCAUGAUUACGUGUCACGAGAUGAGGAUAGAGGUAUCCCUCAUUCAGUAAGAGAUACGAGGACUAUUGGGUCAGCUUAUGAUCGCUACCUUCAGAGUGCGCAAACGUCUUCUAUGCCAUCUGAAGAAGCUGGUCGCUUUCAUGUUGCUGGCAUGGGAAGACGAGGAGGUGAGCUUAUGCCUGGGCGUGGUGGAGUUCUUAUGCCUCCAGAUUUUGGGCCUAAUGGUCGAGAUUUGGGUUUUGGUCAACAAGAUUUAGUUGUUGGUAGGCCUGGAAGAGAACUGCUUCGUCUACCUCCAGAUGCAUCCAACACUCUCUUUGUCGAAGGACUUCCUUCUAAUUGCUCUAGGAGGGAAGUAUCUCAUAUAUUUCGGCCUUUUCUGGGAUAUAAAGAAGUGAGACUUGUGACCAAAGAUACAAAGCAAAGGAAUGGAAAUCCUGUUGUUCUAUGUUUUGUUGAUUUUGAAAAUCCUGCUUGUGCAGCAACUGCUCGUACUGCCCUGCAAGGCUAUAGAAUGGAUGAAAAUGAACAGGACUCCAAAAAUUUGCAGAUCCAGUUUUCAAGAAACCCAGGUCGAAGAGCAGGACAACGCGGAGGAAGGAGGUGAUUAGUGGGAGAUAUUUGGAGGCGGCAUCACUCAAAUGGAUUGUUUCUCUAGAUUACAAACACACUUGAUCACUUAUUCAGAUCCUUAGGAGUACUACUCUCACGGUCUCGCCCAAAGCAACAGAGAUGUAUGGAUUAUAUACACAACAAAGAUGUAAUCUCGCAAUCUCUCUAUAUAUAUUUCCUUAUUUUCCAUAUUAAUGAUAGAUUUGAAGUGUAUGAUCUUAUUAAUGCUAUUUAUCAAAUCCCAAAAUAUAUUUGUUACAAACUUUUCCUUUGUAUGUGGGAUUUAUACGAAAUACGAAUGUGUUUGU